UUUCAUUUUACGUGAAUACGGCUGUAAGAAGGUUGAUUUUGGACUCGACAUAUUCAAGUUGACUUCAAUGACUCUGCCAUUGGGAGCUGGUGGUGACACUCCCACUGCCGGGUUCUUUCAAAAUGCAGAAGAACUCCAGCCUCAGAAUAAACUAUCUACUGGAUAUCCUCUCUACAGAAAACUCACCAAAGUAUUACACCUAUCUCUGGAUGAACCAGAAACGCAAGAAGCGCUAUCUGCCUUGUCAGAUAUCUAUCCACAAAACACUCCCAGUGCUAGACGCAAUCUCAAAAGCCAUGUUGAGAAACAAGUUUCUGGGGUCAGCAAGGAGUUUUUGGCCGCAUUUGAUGCUCUCCAUUCUCAACUAAUCGGGAUUGAGAGCCAUAUCGACAGUAUUGGCAAUCGAUGUGAGCAAAUGGAUAUUCAACUCAAAGCCGCAUAUAAAAAUGCUGCAUCUGUUCUUAAACAUACCCAAGAUAUGAAAACUAAAAGUGAGCAAGCUUCGUAUCGCAAAGUUGUUGUAGAUGCACUUUUGGAACGGUUUACACUGUCAGAUACAGAGAUUCGUCUACUGGCUACAUCAAGCGAGACUGUGAACACUGCAUUUUUUGCUGCACUUUCCCGUGUUCAAAAUAUACAAACAGAUUGUCAGACAUUAUUGAUUGGUGAAAACCAACGGCUUGGUUUGGAAAUCAUGGAAACCACUAACAUGUACCAGGAGUCGGCAUUUGAAAAGCUGUUUAGGUGGGCUUUGGCAGAGUGCAGACUUUUGAAGUCGGAAUCUCCAGAAAUAACGGUUGAACUCAAAAAAGGCAUUCAAACACUUAAACAGAGACCUAUUUUAUUUGAAUCGUGCAUGGAAGAGGUCUCUAAUAUUCGACGCGCAACAAACAUUAGGAGUUUCCAAAACGCAUUGAGUGUAGGUGGACCAGGAGGAUUUCCUCGACCUAUUGAAGUGCAUGCUCACGAUGUAUUGCGAUAUACUGGAGACAUUCUUGCAUGGGUGCAUCAAGCAGCUGUUAGCGAACGAGAAAUGCUUGAAGGACUCUUUGAUCUUGCUUCAGUCGCAUCUCGUGAACGACAAAUUCCGACAACCAAUGCAUCCGAUCAGUCUGCAUUGAGGGAGAUUAAAGGAUACCAGGCUGACGACGAACUGCUUCUUCGUGUACUGGAAAAAAAUUUGGAAGGCGUUUGUCGUCCUCUCAAGUCUCGUAUUGUAUCGGUUCUUCAAUCAGGUCUAGGUCCCAUCACAUCCUAUCGUAUUGCAAACCUUGUACAAUUUUAUUCCCACACCAUUAUUAAGGUCAUUGGCUCUUCUUCUGAAAUUUCUGCCUUAUUUGACGAAUUGAUCCAGGAUGCGUUCAAGAUUUUCUUUAGUGCUCUUAUGGCUCAAGCUGCAGAUAUGCUACGAUUUGUGGAUGCUCCGAGUUUUGAUUUACAGCCUCCUCAAAUUGUCAAGGAUACAAUAUCUCAACUGCGAGAAAUUAUGCUUUCGCAUGACGAGUCACUUUUAAGUUCAUCUGGACAAGAAGGCGAUUUUAGACAAAUUGUCAACACAUUACUUGAGCCAGUGUUAAAGUUGUGUGAGAUUGGAUCGGCUAGCUUAAAGCCGCUAGAAAGUGCUAUGUAUAUGGUAAACUGUCUUUGCUACAUCCAGAUGGCGCUUUCAUCCUUUUCAUUUGCAGCAACUCAGAUCAAAGAAAUACAGGACCAAAUUGAUUCACAGAUUCAUGUGCUAGUCCAAGAACAAUACUCGGUGAUUCUAAGCCAAUCUGGUCUUGAAAACUUGGUAAUGCACAUGGAAACUCUGCAACCACCUUUGGCUCACACACGCACGGUCGAUGCAAAAGCUGUAGCAGAAGCCAUUGCCAAACUCGACUUAUUUUUGGUUACUGUAACGGUCGAUGUUGCUGAAACACUGUCGAGGAUCAGUAGUGUGCAAAUUGCUCGGCGGGUUUCGCAACGUGGGUUCAGGAAGUUUGUCGAUACAUAUCGUAACAUUGUGGCCAAGAUCAUGGAUCCAAUUAACAAGUACGAAUUUCCUUCCAGUUUGAUUGUACGAAGUGUGGAAGAAGUUGAAACUCUCUUAUCUCUGCAAGAUAGCAGUUCUUGAUUAAUAAAUUCACGAGUAUUUGGAAUCUUGCU